GAUGGCAGCGGCGGCCUUGCAAGGGUGUGCAUGUAGUGGGGCGGGUUAUGUAGGGCUUCUCCUUAGUUCCCUAGCAAUUCUUUCCUCCCUUUUACCCGUGUUGCCAACCGAGAGAGAGACCUGUUACCUUAGCGCGGGGCCCUGUGCUAAAAACAGGCGCAUCUUCACCGCCGGGGAAAGAGAGAAAAGGCUCCGGGAAUGCGGCGCCUAAAACGAGGCGGGGCAUAGUCUUAAAAAAAAAAACUUUAAAAAAAACUGUGAUAGGGGGCGAGCAGUUUUGCACCUGCGACCUCUGCAGCUCCCCUGGGCUUUUUUGCAUUGACCUUCAGCAGUUCUUUCCCCUCCAGGGCUCCUCUCGCCUCGCAGGUCGCCGCUGUGGAGCGUUGCGCUGCGCAGCAGCAGCAGCGAUGCCCCGAGGCUUCUUCAUCCUUCCCUCCUCGGCUCAUCUUAGCAGGCGUUGGGCAAGCGCUCGCCUUUCUCCCUGCCGCACCUGUUUGCUUCGCGGGAGCCCUCGGGCGCCGCGCACUUCCGACAGUCGGCCUUCCUUGCCUGGCCCUGACCUCUGCCUCUCCCGCUUGCUUCUGCGCGGAGAACAAAGGAACUCGUGACUGCGCUGCAAAUGCCAAGCAUUUCGGCUGCUGGAAUUGUUGUCUCGGGUCUUUAAGCUAAGGCACCGCGUUCCUAGCCGGAAUUUGGCUCUUUUUAGAAGGGGGCGUGGUGAAGCUCGGCCUCUUAACUGUUAGUGGUUGACGCCCUUGAAGCUCUUCCGCGGAAACCAGCGCCUUUAACUAAUACCUUUGGGGAUUAGUGGGGUAGUUUAGUGCUCCUGCUGGGGGGAAAUGUAACUAGGUGUCGGUUUGAGAAAGGUUGCAUUCAGGCUCCUGCUCCUAAGGGGAGAGGCUUCAGGGCUUCGUUUGCCUAAAAGUCGCACUUUUGAUGUGAGGGCUGGCUUUUUGGUCAGUAGUGAGCAGAGGGCACUUGGCACAUAAUCAGAGACUGGCUGGGAUUCUCCCCUGUUUUUACUUGUAAGACUUAGCAAACCAACAUCAACUAAGAUCUUUGGGUGCAGAUUGCUAAUACAUAUUUUGGAGAACUAUUGCCAGCUCUGAGAAGAGGAAAAUAUUCUAAAGGGACCUAACUGUUCUUUGAUCCUGGAUAAGUAACAAUCUUUCACGUUCCAGGAUCUGUAAAGCAGAACUUUCAUCUUGUGAUGAAAACAGGAUAAAGCAGUCAGGUGCUGUACAACAACACUAAAUAAAGCACUAUUGCUGUAAAAACUGUUUUCAGUAUUUGUGUUAUUCCCUACUUCAUUUCAAGUCUCUCAAUUUCAGGCCUUAGUUUCUGGGCAUUCACAUAUCUAACAACACCUGAUGCUCACCCAGAGUUGUAAUUUUUUUGUAGGUGUCUCUGUCCAGCAUUUUAGGCAGGUGCGUGUAGGGAUCCUGGCAGCACAUACGUUAUAUAGCUCAUUCCUUUUGUAUAUGAUAUUCUGUACAUUCACCAUAGCUGCUGAUCACCCAUUUUCCUUGCGCCCUACAGUGCUCUUGGUGGAACACUCCAUCUUCCACUUAUGUGAGUUAAGUGAAAUAGUUGGAAGCAGAAUACUCUUGCCAUAUUUAAUUUAUCUUGGUCUGCGUUCCCUACUAUGGUUUAUAUGUUCCUGUGGCACAGGUGCAGCCUUGCAGUUGAAUGGAUUGCAGCCGUUACGUUUGCUGCUGGAGCGGCAGCCAUUGGAUAUCUUGCUUACAAAAAAUUUAUCAGCAAGGACAGAUGCUGUAAUGGGAUGGUAAAUCUCCAUAUCCAGAAAGAUAACCCAAAGGUAGUUCAUGCAUUUGAUAUGGAAGAUUUGGGGGAGAAAGCUGUGUACUGCCGGUGUUGGAGGUCUAAGAAGUUUCCAUUAUGCGAUGGGUCUCAUACAAACCAUAAUGAUGAAACGGGAGACAAUGUGGGACCUCUGAUCAUCAAGAGAAAAGAUGCAUAAAUGAUGAAUGAUCUGGACACCGCACAACCAUAUUGCAGUGUUUUCUGCUCACUUGUAAUUGGUGUAAAAUUGAGGUCUUAAGUCAUUUCACUGGAUUUUUAGAUGUGUGGUAUACAGUAUGCUGCAACUGAUGUAUGGUAAUUCAUGGUGUUUGCCUUGCUUAAACACUACAAUGUAUGUUAGGAAUGAAUACUUGUGACCUUGCCUUUGUUUUGUCUUGUAAAAUGUACAUUCUCAUUAAGUGUAUUAAAAAAAGACCUUUAGAAUGUACUCGGAACUAUGUAUGGGAAGAAUAAUACAUUAAAUUAUUUUCAAAUAAA